UGCACAAAGAAAUUUAUCAACAGCACAUCCGAUCAUUUGUACCCUCCACCGAUCGGCAAAUGUUUGAGCAGAGGAAGCCAGAUACAGGUGUUUUGCGGUGUAGCUGUACAACGAAUGGAGCACGAUGAUUACAUCGAGAAAAAUGUUUCUCUGAGUUCGAUGCAAUGUGCUGAAAGAAUACAAGAUCUUCAAUAUUCCUUAGUCAUUGUGGCCUCCUCGAUAGAUGCGGAGAAUUGCGAAAAUGUCGAGAUCCACCGUUUGACGAAACUACCUGGAAUUAAUGAAAUCGUGGAAAAAAGAACUCCACUAGAGUAUGGAAUUUUGCCAAUCUACGAAAUCCCUGAUGCAGUUACAACUUUGUACAAGAAAAAAUUCAAGGAUGAUGGCGCCUUAGAACCGCACGAAAUUAAACUCCUUGACCAAGUGGAAAGGUCUAAGAAUGUGCAUUCGUUGACCCGGCACAGGUAUAAAGAUCAGUUGGAACUACUGAACCAAAUCGAGGAUCAAUAUAUGGGGGAUGAAUUUAGCAAUUACACAAUCUUCAAUCCAAAAUUGGAACAUAUACAAGACAAUUACUACACGCUUUCGAUCGAUCAAUUCAAGACGCGACCUUCGCUGAUAAAGGAAGACAUCGAAGUGCUUGUAAAUCGCGGUGUAGGUCAUCAGCUAGGGAUAGUGGAUCGUGUAAACUCAACAAAGAUUAUGAUUUUAAUGAAAGAUGAAUUGACUCUGAUAAAUGUUAUCAACAUUCAGUUCCUACCAAAUAGAAUCACAUUCAAACUGGAGUAUCGUGCCCUGAAACUGUUAGCUGAUGAUGUCAUCGAUAACAUGCUGUUUCCAACAAAAGCAACGAAGAAUGUGGAAAUUGUGCAUUCGAGCUUUCAAUGGUUCCGCUCGAGUAUAGCAUCCAAUGAAGAACAAAUGACGGCCGUGCGGAACAUUGUGAAUCGGACAUCAUUCCCAAGCCCAUAUCUACUAUUCGGACCACCAGGCACGGGCAAGACCACUACAUUAGUGGAAGCCAUCGCGCAAAUUUGCACACUUUGCCCUACGUCCAAAAUCCUUGUGUCGGCAUCGAGCAACUUUGCAGCAAACGAAUUAACCGAAAGAUUGUUAGGUAUAAUUCCAGACGUACGCAUUUUCCGGUAUUUUUCCCGUUCCAUUGAACGUAAACGUAGCGAGAUCAAGAGAAACAUACUGAAAGUUUCGAAUAUGGUCCGAGGAAAAUGCAGAGAUCCAUAUUACGAAGAUAUCUACCAGAGUCGCGUCGUACUCUGUACAUUGACAACAGCUGGUCGGUUAGUGCAAGCAAACAUAUCGACGAAUGAUUUCAAUUAUGUUUUCAUCGACGAAGCCGGUAGUGCUAAGGAGAUAUCGACGCUAGUCUCAAUUGUCGGUAUCGCAACUAGUGGAAGUACGAUCAAGGCUAGUGUCGUUCUGGCUGGGGAUCCAAAACAGUUGGGUCCCGUGAUCCAAUAUGAUCUCCUUAAUCAAACCACUCAUGGCGUUUCCAUGAUGGAACGCAUGAUGAAUCUUGAAAUGUACGAAAGGAGCCUUGAUACAGGCAAAUAUGAUCCAAUCUUUAUUACCCAGCUCUGCGAUAAUUAUCGUUCUCACCAAGCGUUGCUGGAGCUUUCUAAUAGGAUGUUCUACGACGGUCAACUAAGAGCCAAAGCAGCCCCGGAAGUUACACACCGUUGUCUUCAUUGGCACAGACUUCCGAAUCGUACAUUUCCAUUAAUAUUGCACCGGAUUAGUGGCAAGUUUAUUAAAGACCAAAAUUCUUCAAGCUUCUUCAAUAGGCAAGAAGCAAUUCAAGUAGUAUCAUACAUUAAAGAUAUCCUAAUCAUCGGAAUAAAUGGUAGGCGAGUUGAACAAAAGGAGAUUGGCGUCAUAUCACCGUACGCCAGUCAGGUUAAUUUUCUAAAGCAAUGUUUCAAGAAGCACAGUUGGAAUGAUGUAGAAGUUGGUUCUACAGAGCAAUAUCAGGGUCGAGAAAAGCUUAUUAUUAUAUUAUCAACGGUUCGAUCCAACUGCAAAACCGUCGGAUUUCUGGACAAUGUUAAACGCCUAAAUGUUGCCAUUACCCGAGCACGCGCUCUGAUGAUUAUCGUCGGUGAUCCAAUCAUGCUCGAGCGGGACAAACACUGGAGACAACUGGUCAAUUAUUGCCGAAAAAAUGAUGCUAUAGUUCCGACUUACAACAUACCUAAACAAUGCCAUAAAAAGGCUUCAUCAGUGGAAGUUCCCGCCAACAGCUCCAAACAAAAUGAUAAAGAGAAACGUCCCGAUAAGGGACGAAGCAUGAAUAGGGAUGGUAAUACUCAGACGUGUGAAUCGGUUAGAACACAGGUAAUGAACUGGCUAGUAAAUGAGAUGGGCAGCCUUGCGAUCGAAGACUGAAAACAAUAAAAAAAAUGCGAAAAUACGUGUUUUUUAAUUGUAAUUAAUGCUGAAGAGUACGAA